GGCGGGGCGCGCGCGGCGCCGUCGUUGCCGACCCGGCGGUCGGCCAGGGAGAAGUCGCCGGGAUCCAGCUCCUUCGGCCACACCGAGGGCGCAGCCGCGCUUCCCCGCAGCUGCUCCCGGCUCCCCGGGAACUGCUGCCAUGGAUAGGACCGCCGUGGCCAAGAUGGGAGCUGUGGCGAGCGCCAGCGUGUGCGCGCUGGUGGGCGGGGUGGUGCUGGCGCAGUAUAUCUUCACCAUGAAGAAGAAGACGGCCUGCAUGCAAGCCCUGCAUCUCUGGACUCUGCUUGCCACCUAUGCUGUUGCAGUAGGACAAAAUCAAGGACAGAAGAAUCAGGAGUGCCCUAAGCUCAACGCACAGAUGCCAGAAUUUCAGAAGAAGACUGUCCAUAUUAAGGACCCAGCAAGAGUAGAGGAGAUUAUUUGUGGCCUCAUCAAAGGUGGAGCAGCCAAACUUCAGAUUAUUACAGAUUUUGAUAUGACAUUAAGUAGAUUUUCCUACAAUGGAAAAAGAUGUCCAACUUGUCAUAACAUCAUUGAUAACUCUAAGAUCAUCACAGAUGAAUGUCGGAAAAAGUUACUGCAGCUGAAAGAAACCUAUUAUGCCAUUGAAAUUGAUCCAGCUCUCACCAUUGAAGAGAAAUACCCAUAUAUGGUAGAAUGGUACCAUAAAUCUCAUGCACUACUCAUUGAACAAGGCUUACAGAAGGACAAGUUUGCAGAAAUUGUAAGGGAAUCUGAUGUUAUGCUGAAAGAAGGGUAUGAGAACUUCUUUGAUAAGCUCAGUGAACAUAAUAUUCCUGUGUUCAUAUUUUCUGCUGGGAUUGGCGACAUCCUUGAGGAAGUAAUCCACCAAGCUGGGGUCUACCAUUCUAAUGUCAAAGUGGUUUCCAAUUUCAUGGAUUUUGAUGAAAAUGGAAUAUUAAAAGGAUUUAAAGGAGAAUUGAUUCACGUUUAUAACAAACAUGAUGGUGCCUUGAAGAACACAGAGUACUUCAAACAGCUAAAAGACAACAGCAAUAUCAUACUGCUGGGUGAUUCUCAAGGAGACUUGAGUAUGGCAGAUGGAGUAGCAAAUGUUGAGCACAUUCUUAAGAUUGGCUAUCUCAAUGAUAAAGUAGAUGAGCUUUUGGAAAAAUACAUGGACUCUUAUGAUAUUGUCUUGGUGAAAGAUGAAUCCCUGGAUGUUGCCAACUCCAUUCUACAGAAAAUCCUGUAAAUUGCAGUCUCAAGUCACUCCAUUCCUUCCAGGAAGCAACUGGACAGAAGAGCACACAUGUGCUAUCUUAGAUGUGUUUAUUACUCAUUUACUGAACUGUUUGAUUUAAUUUAAAACUUUUAUCUUCAUUUUGGUAUUACGGAAUAUAUAUGGUAUCAAUUGUCAACUACAAGCUCCUUUUACUGCUCUUACACUGUUCUUUAUUGUCUCACACUCCUGUUAUAACGAGAUCUAAAUUGGAUUUAUAGAUGUGAUAAACUGCUGCUGAUGGGAUACUGUGGUUCACUGCUCUUUUUAAUCAGGCAUUUCAGAGGAGCAUUUUAGAAAACAUGGCUAUUUUGUGAAAUUGAAGCUGUAAACACUCUGUAAAGAGAGUGUGCACUUGUUGCCUUUUCAAAGACAUUUCAGUCUCAGCUGUACUUUGAAGGAUCUUACUCAUAAUGCUACAUAAUUUCACACAAGUUUUUCAUAUAUAUAUUUUUCUUCAGUAAAAAUGCUUUUAUU